CAAGUGUUUAAAUGGACAAUAGUUUGAAAUAAGUAAAUAAAGUUUGUGAUGUAAUAAAAUAUUUUCUGUACAAAUCUUCUGUUGAAUCUUUACAAAAUCCUAUACUGUUUUGAUAAUAAAUUGUUUUCAUAAAAUUAUAUAUUUUUAUUACAUCAAAAUUUAGUGUUAAUUUAAUUCAUCUUGGAAGAAAAGUUUACAAAAUAGGAGCCUAUCGGCACACAAAGUACAAUUAUGAUUUUGAAGUUGUAUAAAUCACCAGGUUUAAAAUGCGGUCACUAUAUAAAAAAAAUAAAGUCAGUUAAUAAUAUAUUGAAUGAUGUUGAAAAUUUGGAAACUGAAUUUUGUUAUUACAUUGAAUCAAAAGAAGCUCUUAACAAUGAAGAAAUUAAUCUUCUAAAAUGGAUUUUGAGUUCACCUAUCGAAAAGGAACAGUUGAGUGAAACAAGUGUCUUUGACUCGAAGAGCUGCGAAGAAAGUAUCCUAAUUGAAAUUGGACCAAGAUUAAAUUUUUCGACACCUUUCUCGAGCAAUGCUGUUUCAAUUUGUAAAUCUGUUCAUUUACUGACAGUAACAAGAAUUGAAAUUUCCACGAGAUAUUUAAUAAACUGUCGAAAAGCUGUAGAUCCGUUAAUAGAACAAAAGAUUGUAGAUGCUUUACAUGAUCAAAUGACGGAAUGUCGUUAUUUGAAACCAAUAGAAACUUUCGAUCAUGGUUUUCGUCCUGGAAAGUGGUUCGAAGUUGAUGUAUUAAAGCAUGGUCGCAGUGCCUUAGAAGAUGUCAAUACAAAAUUAGGUUUGGCAUUUGACAACUGGGAUUUGGAUUUUUACACUGAACUGUUUCAAUCAAAGCUGAAAAGAAAUCCCACAAGUGUGGAAUGUUUCGACUUGGCUCAAUCAAACAGUGAACAUAGUCGUCAUUGGUUCUUUAAAGGACAAUUGAUUAUCGAUGGAGAAGAGAAAAAUGAAAGUCUUUUGGAUAUGAUAAUUGAAACGCAAAAUACGUCAAAUUCUAACAAUGUCAUUAAAUUCAGUGACAAUAGUAGUGCUAUUGAAGGAUACGACAUUAUUACCCUGUGUCCUGAAAAAACAGAUGUGCCGAGUAGUUUCUUUUUAAAAAAAUUAAAGCAACAUCUUAUUUUCACAGCAGAAACACAUAAUUUUCCAACUGGAGUUGCGCCAUUCAGUGGAGCUACGACUGGUACAGGUGGUCGAUUAAGAGACAUUCAGGGAAUAGGUCGAGGUGGUAAUUUCAUUGCAGGCACUGCUGGAUACUCUGUUGGAAACUUACAUAUUCCAGAAUACGAGUUACCAUGGGAGGAAUGCGAUUCCUACCCCAGCAAUCUUGCUUCCCCCGUUGAAAUCAUUGUGGAAGCCAGUAAUGGUGCUUCUGAUUAUGGAAACAAAUUUGGAGAGCCUGUUAUUUCUGGAUUUGCAAGAACAUUCGGAAUGAAAAAUGUUGGAGGAGAAAGACGCGAAUGGAUUAAACCAAUUAUGUUCAGUGGUGGAAUGGGAAGCAUGGACUCCAAUAUGACUAAAAAAUUAUCACCUGAAAAAGGUAUGAAAGUUGUGAAAAUUGGGGGUCCCGUAUAUAGAAUUGGAGUAGGCGGUGGUUCUGCAAGUUCUGUUGAGGUACAAGGUGACAAUGAGUCCGAUUUGGACUUUGGAGCAGUACAACGAGGCGAUGCUGAAAUGGAACAGAAACUUAAUCGUGUUAUACGCGCUUGUGUUGAAAUUGGAGAAAAAAAUCCAAUCUUAAGUAUUCACGAUCAAGGCGCUGGUGGGAAUGCUAAUGUUUUAAAGGAAAUUGUCGAACCUGCUGGUGCUGUUAUAUUCACUAAGAACUUUGAUUUGGGUGAUCCUAGUCUAUCGACACUAGAGCUUUGGGGUGCGGAAUAUCAAGAAAAUGAUGCUAUACUAUGCAAGUCUGAAGAUGCAAAAUUGUUGAAGCAAAUAGCAGAAAGGGAGAAAUGUCCAAUAAAUUUUGUUGGUACUGUAACUGGGAAUGGAAGAAUUAUUUUGUCUGAAGAGAAAGAUUGUGAUGAGAGUAAAUACUUGAGUGGUUCUUUUAAAAAUGUUCAACAUCCCGUCGAUCUUGAUCUUGAAUUAGUCCUUGGUAAAAUGCCAAGAAAGACAUUUAAUCUUGAAAGAAGGGAGCAGAAACUUACACCUUGCUUACUGCCUCAAGAUCUAAGUGUAAAAGCCGCUUUAGAUAGAGUUUUAAGAUUACCUUCGGUGGCAAGUAAACGGUAUUUAACAAAUAAAGUCGAUCGUUGCGUGACAGGAUUAGUUGCUCAACAACAAUGCGUUGGUCCUUUGCACACUCCUCUUGCUGAUGUCGCAGUGACAGCUUUAUCACAUUUUUCUCUGGUUGGCGUAGCAUCAGCCAUUGGAGAGCAACCUAUAAAAGGUUUAGUAAAUCCAGCUGCAGGUGCAAGAAUGUCUGUAGCAGAAUCACUUACAAAUUUAGUAUUCGCACCAAUUUCGGAUUUAAAAGAUGUGAAAUGCAGUGGAAAUUGGAUGUGGGCUGCAAAACUGCCUGGCGAGGGUGCAGCCUUGUAUGACGCUUGUUUGGCUAUGUGCACAUUAAUGAAAGAAUUAGGCAUUGCCAUUGAUGGUGGAAAGGAUUCUUUAAGUAUGGCUGCAAGGAAUGGAAAAGAAGUUGUUAAAGCACCGGGAACACUUGUUAUUUCGAGUUAUGCUCCUUGUCCCGACAUAACAAAGGUUGUCACCCCCGAUUUAAAACUUCCGUCACUAAAGAAGAAGGGAAAUAUAAUAUUUGUUGAUUUAUCAAAUGGUAAGAAUCGCAUUGGAGGAUCUGCAUUAGCACAAGUUUUUAUGCAACUUGGAAAUGAAGCACCAGAUGUUGACAAUGCUGCUGACUUGAAAAACGCUUUCAAUGUUACUCAAAGUUUAUUAAAAGAUCGCAAGGUUUUAUCUGGACACGAUUUAAGUGAUGGAGGCUUGAUUACCUGUAUUUUAGAAAUGUGUUUUGCUGGCAUUUCCGGAGUUAAUAUAAAUAUCACUCAUAAAUUAGGAUCAGCAAUAGAAAUACUAUUUUCAGAAGAAUUAGGUUGGCUUCUUGAAGUCGAAAAAGAUGAAACUGAUUAUGUUUUAGAGGCAUUUAAGAAUUUGGACGUUAAUGCCUAUUUGAUUGGAGAAUCUGUCAAUUACGGUCUACAUUCAAAGAUUACGAUUGCCGUUAAUGGACAAACCGUCCUGAAUGAAACAGUUUAUGAUUUAAUGCAAAUUUGGGAGGAAACUAGUUAUAAAUUAGAAUGUCGUCAGACAAAUGAGGAAUGCGCAUUGCAAGAAUUUUCAGAAUUGAAAAACAGACGUGCUCCUGAAUAUAAAAUUUCGUUUAAUCCUGAUUUUACAUUUAAUCUCGAGGAUCCAAUGGAAAAUAAAAUCAGAGUAGCUGUAAUACGAGAGGAGGGAAUAAAUGGUGAUAGAGAAAUGGCUGCUUCAUUAUUGCAGGCUGGUUUUGAAGUUUGGGAUGUUACCAUGCAAGAUCUUUUACAAAAUAAUGUGACUUUGGAUAGUUUUAGAGGAAUUAUCUUCCCAGGUGGAUUUAGUUAUGCAGAUGUUUUAGGAUCAGCAAAGGGGUGGGCUGCAAGUCUUCUCUUUAAUUCAAAACUACAAGAUCAGUUGAAGGUGUUUAGGCAACGUGAAGACACUUUUAGUUUUGGAGUUUGUAAUGGUUGCCAGCUAAUGUGUUUGUUAGGUUUUAUCGAUGAAUCCGAAGAAGGUAAGUCAGGAAUUUUCCUUGAUCAAAAUAAAUCUGAAAGAUUUGAGUGUCGAUGGAGUACCGUAAAAAUAGAAAAGUCAACUUCAAUUAUGCUGAAGGAUAUGGAGGACACACAAUUUGGAAUUUGGGUAGCUCAUGGAGAAGGAAGAUUUACGUUCCGAGAUGAUGGAAUUUUAAAUAAACUUGAAAAGAACUCUUGCCUACCUAUUAAAUAUGUUGAUGAAGAGGGAAAACCCACAGAAAGAUAUCCUUUAAAUCCUAAUGGUAGUACUGGUGGAAUUGCUGCUGCAUGUUCCCCUGAUGGAAGACAUUUGGCAAUGAUGCCCCAUCCAGAAAGAUGUACCCUAUCAUGGCAGCUACCAUGGGUUCCAUCAGAUUGGGAUUGUAAAUAUACUCCGUGGCAUAAACUAUUUGUUAAUGCAUACGAAUGGUGUACAUCCCAAUAAUCAACUGUGUAAUUUUUUACGCCAAUGUAAUGCAUUUUCAUAAUUUUGACAAAAUAAAUAUCAUGUUUAACAAUAAAAA